CCCUAAUUUUUUCCUUCUCUCUCGAUUUUUUUUUAAUUUGAAAUAUUUGUCAAUUUAAUUAGAUCACAAAAAAGAAAAAAAUGCAUUUUCUCCUUUAUUUACAUUUCUAGUCCAAUGGGUAUGUAUUAUUAGGCAUCAACCAUCUUAAUUGUUAUUCUCUAAAGCUCUCAACUUCUUUUUGCUCUGUAGUAAGAAAGGAGGAAGAUAUAAAGGGAAUAAAUUUACAAAAUCAAAUUGCCAUUUUCCUCUGAUUGUUUUCUUUUUUAUUUUUCCUUGUGGGGUUGGGGUUUUCAUUCUAUGGCUGCAGUUGCUGACAAGUCAGGUGAGGCAGCGCUAGUAGCCGCAGCUGCUAAUGACAAGAACAGUUUGGUGGUGGAAACACCCAAAUCAGAAUCAAAGGAAUUCAAUGUCCAAAACCUGGUUGAUAUGUUCACAAAGUUGAAUCCUUUGGCCAAAGAAUUUUUCCCAUCUUCUUAUCAACAAAAUCAGACCAAAAAUGAUGGCAAAUUUAAUCAGGUGCCUGUUGGUAACAAAUCAGUUGGAAAUGAGAAUUUCUCCAACAGAAGGAGGAGAAAUAACUCCAACCAAGGUAGAAGAAGGCUUAAUGGUAAAGCUUUUCGAGCUCAACGAGAUGAUAGUAUUAGGCAAACAGUAUAUGUUUCUGAUAUUGAUCAGAAUGUUACUGAAGAGCAACUUGCUGGCUUAUUUAGUAAUUGUGGACAAGUUGUUGAUUGCCGAGUUUGUGGUGAUCCACAUUCAGUUCUUCGGUUUGCAUUUGUGGAAUUCGCAGAUGAAGAAGGUGCACGAGCUGCUUUGAACCUUAAUGGGAUAAUGCUAGGGUUUUAUCCAGUUAGGGUCUUGCCUUCGAAAACGGCCAUCCUUCCCGUGAACCCCACAUUUCUACCUAGGUCAGAAGAUGAAAGGGAAAUGUGUACCAGGACGGUUUAUUGUACAAAUAUUGACAAGAAGGUUUCCCAAGCUGAAGUGAAGAAUUUCUUCGAAUCAGCCUGUGGUGAGGUCACUCGAUUGAGGCUUUUGGGGGAUAAUGUUCAUUCAACCCGAAUUGCUUUUGUUGAAUUUGCCAUGGCGGAAAGUGCCAUAGUCGCACUGAAUUGUAGUGGAAUGGUGCUAGGAACCCAGCCUCUCAGGGUAAGUCCUUCGAAGACACCCGUGAGGCCGCGAGUUGCCCGUCCAACAUUGGUUUAAUCGAUUAACCAAGUUUUUUUGAGAUCCAUGGAUGGAACUGGAUGAUUUCCCAAUAGAGAGAAACUUUGUUGUGUUUAGGGAUAGUAAAAAAAACUUUCCCUCCGUUUUUUCAUUUCCAUCUUUUUCCAUUCGCGACUGUUGCAUUUUUGUUUUUGACAGAAUAUAUUGUGAUUAUGCUUCGGUUUGAAGUUUGACCUUGAGAUUUUUUUUCACUUAAUCUUAUUCCAUCGUUUUGUUUUGACAA